UUUUUUCUUUUUUUUUUGGGUGGUUGUGUUGCUGUAGAUCUCGAUAGUUCCCAUCCAAGUCAUGGCCCGACAUCGUCUCUUGGAUUUCAAUAAUGAACUAUUGACCUGUAUUGCAGGCCAUUUGGAGCUCGAGGAUCUCAAGAAUUUGUCGCAAGUGUGCCACCGGUUGGCCGUUGUUUGCCACAGCGAUGCGGUCUGGAAGGAAAUGCUGAUCAACAAGUUUGGCGUGGGAUACAAAAUGGCCAAAGAAAGUUGGAAGGAGAUGUACACUCGCAAACACGAUGAUCCUCAACAUAAUCGCAUCUGUCCUCAUCUGAGCGAUGUGAACGCCAAGUGUCUCGAACCGUAUAUUCAACGUUAUCAUCAAGUCCUCAAUUGGCUCCCAAAGAACCUUAACUGUCGAACCUGCGGUCAAAAUCAACAGGACGCCGGUUUAUGCUUGUACAUCUGGCAAGGCAACACUCGUCUCCGAUGUCGAGAUUGUGCGUAUCGAUACCACGCUUCGAUCCCUGGUCGUCAUGGAAUCAUGUUUCGUAUGAACGUAUUGCAGAUGUAUUGCUUUACGUGUUCGCGACUUCUUGGUGAAUCGAGAGGCGACCAAAGUGAAGCCGAAUAUGUCGAUCAUUUGUUGGAGAUCAUUACUCGAGACAGCGAGCUAGGACGUGGAGCGAUGGAACGACGGAAACAAUGUAUGGACGAGCGACAAUUGUAUGCACACGAUUGUGAUCGGCUGUCUGUUCUGACCUCGGGGCAGUACUUUUUUGUCGAUCGCAUGUGGAUCUGUUCAUGGUUUUUGCGAUUAUGUGAUGGAAAAGUGGGGGUCGGACCCAUUGAUAAUACUGCCUUGGCGGAUGAAAACGGUCGUCUGAACCCCAGCGCGAGACCAAGAGGCGCUUUUAGUGGUGGCUUCAGCAUUGUGACGCCCGAGUUGUGGAAUUACUUGGUGGAAACUUACGGAUUGCUGGGUCCUGCUUUUGGUGCCGAGGAUGCGCAAGGGCCAGCCUAUGACGAAUUGCACAAAGCCAUCGAUAACUGGGGAUUAACCUAGACUGUAUAUAGAUAGACGACACACAUACACUACCCUUAUAUCCAUUUUGUUUAAAUUAAAAAAAACCCAUUUUUGCCUCG